GGGUAUAAGAGCUAGAUAAUAUUUAGUACUUAUUACUCUUGAUAAGUUAACCAGAGAUAAGAUGAAGACUGCUUUCGUGUUCUUGUGUCUCGCUGCAAUAGCGUUCGCGGCGGAUUCCAAUCCCGACGAAAAUCUUGGGAUUGUUGAUCCUGACCUGUUCGAAGGAGACAUGGUUUUCCCCCCAGAACAACAACUGGCCGCAUUAAACGAAGACAUCACGGGCUCAACAGUCAGAGGAGCGCCCAUCUACAAUCGCAAAUGGACCAAUGGGAUCGUGUACUACGAAAUCAGACAGGAAUUACAGGGAACGUCGGCUGAGGGUGUCAUCGCGUCAGCGAUGCGUGAAUGGGAGAGCAAGACAUGCAUCCGCUUCAAGCGAAGACAAAACGAGAUGAACUACGUAUACUUUUACAAGGGCAAAGGGUGCUCCUCCUAUGUUGGUAUGUACGGUGGCGGGCAGCCAAUUUCACUGGCCGACGGUUGUUGGUAUCAUGGCACGGUCGCACAUGAGAUUGGUCAUGCGUUGGGAUUUUUCCACGAGCAGUCGAGACCCGACCGAGAUAACUACGUCACCAUCAUGCUUGACAACAUCAAGAGCGAGGCGAAGUUCAACUUUGAGAAGUACACGUCGAGUAAGAUCAACACCAUGAAUACCCCGUAUGACUACGACUCCCUGAUGCAUUAUGGGUCGCAUUACUUCUCGUACAAUGGCAAGCCGACAAUCGUAGCUAAGAAGGGUGGGGCGACAUUUGGUCAGCGGUCCUUCAUCAGCGAUCUUGAUGCACAUUUAAUGAGCAUGCGCUACGACUGCCCGGCAUACAAAGUCGAAGGCUUCGGCUGCUCCUACAAAGCAUCUGUGGCCGCCCGUCGCUGUUGGAAGUACUGUGGUACGCGGGGAUCUGGUCACUGGUGUUGGAUUAACAAAAGCUGUGGCACCAAGUCUGACUGUGGGACUGGUGACGACUUGAUGGCCGCACAGUGCUAUGGGAAAUGCGGCUAGAGUUGAAACCACGUGGUGUGUGUAACAAAUAGGAAUAAACGAGAUUUUUUUAAA